AUAUUACUAAAAAUAAAUCUGAAAAAGAAUUUUCUACUAAAAAUAAGCCAAUUAAACUUAAUGAAAUUAAAAAUAAUUCAAUACUUGUGAAUAAUAAUCAAAAUAUUUCAAGUAGAUCUAAUAUAGAUAUAAGUUCUAGUGUAUUAGAAAAUAU